AGCGCGAGCAGCAGCCGCGGCCCCGCCUCGCCUCGCGACGUGAGCCGCCGGCUGGUCCAGCCUCACAUCUGGCUGUCACACACACACACACACACACACACACACACACUCCCACACACACACUCCGGUACCGCGGCAUGCUGGUAGCCACAGCGGCUCACGAGGAGAAGAAGAAGAAGAAGAAGAAGGAGUGGAUUAUUAACGGGGCCACGGGGACGCGAUGUCGGAGGUGCGGAAAUUCACCAAGCGGCUGAGUAAGCCCGGGACGGCGGCGGAAGUCAGGCAGAGCGUGUUGGAGGCUGUGCGGAGCUCCGUGGACCCGGUGGAGCAGCCGAAGUUCAUCGAGCCGCUGGACUACGAGGCCGUGGUGUUCCAGAGGAAGGCCCAGAUCCACAGCGACCCCCACCGAGACCUGCUGCUCUGCCCCGUCGACGAUGUGUCGGAGUCCCAGAUCUCCCGGCAGAGGAGGACCGUUGUUCCCGCCGUGCCCCAGAAUGCCGAGCGGGAGGCCAGGAGCCUGUUUGCCAAAGAGUGCAUCAAGAUGUACAACACCGACUGGCACGUGAUCAACUACAAGUACGAGGCUUACUCGGGCGACUUCCGCAUGCUGCCGAGCAAAGGCCUGAAGACGGACAAGCUGCCGGCUCACGUGUUCGAGGUGGACGAAGACGCCAAAGACGAGGACACGUCGUCGCUGUGCUCCCAGCGGGGGGGCAUCAUGAAGCAGGGCUGGCUGCAGAAAGCCAACAUCAACAGCAGCCUGUCGGUCUCCAUGAGGGUGUUUAAACGGAGGUACUUCUACCUGUCCCAGCUCCCCGACGGCUCCUACAUCCUCAACUCGUACAAAGACGAGAAGAACUGUAAAGAGACCAAAGGGUCCAUCUACCUGGACUCCUGCAUCGACGUCGUCCAGAGCCCAAAAAUGCGGCGCAACGGCUUCGAGCUGAAGAUGCAGGACCGCUACAGCCACUUCCUGGCCGCCGACAGCGAGGCCGAGAUGGAGGACUGGGUGUGCACCCUGAAGCAGGCUCUGCAGGGCGGCUCCGAGGCCGGCCAGGACCGCAGGAACGGCGCCGAGGCGCUGGACUGCGCUCUGGACGACGACAGCAGCAGUCAGGGGAAGCCCGAGAGCGUCCUGGAGAACCCCGGCAGGAGUUUACACACCGAGCUCAUGAAGUACGCCAGGGAGACGGAGCAGCUGAAUAAGAUGAACAGGAACGAAGGCAGACAGAAGCUUUUCUCCCUGGAUCCCGACACUCAGAGGUUGGAUUUCUCGGGCAUCGAGCCGGACGUGAAGCCGUUCGAGGAGCGAUUCGGCCGGCGGAUCGUGGUGAGCUGCCACGACCUGACCUUCAGCCUGCAGGGCUGCGUCAGCGAGAGGGGCGACGGCGUCCUCACCAACGUGGAGCCGUUCUUCAUCAGCCUCGCCCUCUUCGACGUCUCCAAGAGCUGCAAGAUCUCGGCCGACUUCCACGUGGACCUGAACCCGCAGUGCGUCAGGGACAUGCUGACGGACGCCGCCGCGUCGCCGUCGUCCGACUCGGACGGAGGAGGAGGAGGAGGAGGAGGAGGAGGAGGCGUGGCGAUGGUGAACGGAGACUCGGGGAAGGCGAACGGCCUGCCGGUCCUCCAGAGGGUCCCGGAGGCCCUGCUGCGCUUCCCCACGCAGGGCAUCUUCUCCGUGACCAACCCGCACGCCGACAUCUUCCUGGUGGCCCGCGUGGAGAAGGUGCUGCAGAACGGCAUCGCCCACUGCGCCGAGCCGUACAUCAAGACGUCCGACGUCAGCAAGACGGCCCAGAAGGUGCUGAAGGCCGCCAAGCAGACGUGCCAGCGCCUGGGCCAGUACCGCAUGCCCUUCGCCUGGGCCGCCAAGCAGGUGUUCAAGGACGCCCAGGGCAGCCUGGACAUGGACGGCAAGUUCUCCCCCCUCUACCGGCAGGACAGCGGCAAGAUCUCCUCCGAGGACGUCCUCAAGCUGCUGGCCGACAUCAGGAAACCUGAGAAGAGCAAGCUGCAGACCAUCCCCGGACAGCUGAACGUCACCAUCGAAUGCGUCCCGCCCGACUUCUCCAAUACCGUCACCUCCUCCUACAUCCCCGUCAAGCCCUUCGAGGACGGCUGCGAGCGCGUGUCGGUGGAGGUGGAGGAGUUCCUGCCCGCCGAGGCCAGGUUCAGCUACCCCUUCACCGCCUACAAGAACCAGAUGUACGUCUACCCGCUGCAGCUCAAGUACGACAACCAGAAGACCUUCACCAAGGCCAGGAACAUCGCCGUCUGCAUCCAGUUCCGGGAUUCGGACGAGGAGGGGGCGUGUCCUCUGAGGUGCAUCUACGGCAAGCCGGGAGACUCCCUGUUCACCGGCAGCGCCUACGCAGCCGUGCUGCACCACAACCAGAGCCCCGAGUUCUACGACGAGGUGAAGCUGGAGCUGCCGGUGCACGUGCACGAGAAGCACCACCUCCUCUUCACCUUCUACCACGUCAGCUGCGAGUCCGGCAGCAAGGCCGGCGGCAAGAAGCGGGACGGCGUGGAGUCCCUGGUGGGCUACUCCUGGAUGCCGCUGCUGAAGGACGGGCGGAUGCAGUCCCUGGAGCUGCAGCUCGCCGUGGCCGCCUCGCUGCCCGCUGGGUAUCUCUGUCAGGACGCCAGGAAGUCUCAGCCGGACAUCAAGUGGGUGGAGAACGCCAAGCCGCUGUUCAGGGUGCGCGCCCGCGUGGCGUCCACCGUCUACCCCCAGGACCUCCACCUGCACAAGUUCUUCCAGCACUGCCAGCUGAUGAGGGCCACGUCCGAGGGCAACCCGGCCGAGCUGGUCAAGUACCUGAAGUGCCUGCACGCCAUGGAGACUCAGGUCAUCGUCACCUUCCUGCCGACGGUGCUCAUGCAGCUGUUCGAGGUUCUCACGGCGGCGACCAGAGAGGCCCACGAGAUCGCCGUCAACUCCCUGCGCGUGAUCAUCCACAUCGUGUCCCGGUGUCACGAGGAGGGGCUGGAGAACUACCUGCGCUCCUUCGUCAAGUACGUGUUUGUGACCAACAACGGCGCCUCGGGAAACUCGACGACGACCCACGAGCUGCUGGCCACGUCGGUGACCGCCGUGCUCAAGCAGACGGCCGACUUCAACACCAGCAACAAGCUGCUGAAGUACUCCUGGUUCUUCUUUGAAACCAUGGCGAAGUCCAUGGCUCAGUACCUGAUGGAGGGGAACCGGAUGAAGAUGCCGCGGGCCCAGCGCUUCCCGGACAGCUUCCACCAGGCGCUGCAGUUGCUGGUGCUGUCCGUCAUGCCGCACAUCACCAUCCGCCACAUGGAGAUCCCCGAGGAGGCGCGCUGCGUCAACCUCAGCCUCGCCGCCUUCAUCAAGAGGUGCCUGACCUUCAUGAACAGAGGCUUCGGGUUCGGCCUGGUCAAGGACUACAUGUGUCACUUCGGCCUGAAGGACCCCAAGGUGCUGACCGAGAUGAAAUUCGACUUCCUGAUGGCGGUGUGCAACCACGAGCACUUCAUCCCGCUCAACCUGCCCAUGGCGUUCGGCCGCACCAAGCUGCAGAGAGUGCAGGACUUUAUUCCGUACGCCUCGGAGCUUUUCGGGCCUGUAGAGCAGAGUCUGGAGUCCAGCCUGACGGAGGACUACUGCCGGAACCACUUCCUGGUGGGCCUGCUGCUGAGGGAGGUGGCCGAGGCCCUCCAGCAGGGCCCCGAGGUCCGGCAGCUGGCCGUCGCCGUGCUCAAGAACCUGCUGAUCAAGCACGCCAUGGACGACCGCUACACGGCGUUCAAGAACCAGCAGGCGCGGAUCUGUCUGCUCUACAUGCCGCUGUACGAGCUGCUCUACCAGAACCUGAAGCCGCUGGCGGCCCAGCCCUGCUCCUCCAGCCCCGGCCUCACGGGCUCCAGAGACGACCUGAUGUCGACCGGCUCCGCCGACAGCCGCAGGAUCAGCGCGGCCAUCGACAGGGAGCACGGCCUGCCGGCCCAGAACGGCCACGUCGUGAGGCGGGAGGACUCCAGAGGGUCCCUGUUCAUGGAGCCGGGGACGCCGGACAGCCUGGAGCUGCAGCGCCGCUGCUCCACCCUGAGCUGCGGCCCCCUGCCCCCCCCCGGCGGCCGGCUGGGCCUGUACGAGAUCCGGGGGCUGCUCUUCUGCUUCCUGCACAUCGCCAAGACGCUGUCGGAAGACACUCUGAUGGCCUACUGGAACAAGAUCGGCCCGCAGGACAUCAUGAACUUCCUCAGUCUGCUGGAGACCUGCCUGCUGCAGUUCCGAUACGUGGGAAAGAGGAACAUCGGCAGGAGCCAGGAGGCGUGCACGCCCAAGCUCUUCUCCUCAGACAGGAAGUCGCAGACCAUGCCGGCCAUGCGCUGCAACCGCGCCAGCUUCAUGCUGACCAAGAUGCAGCAGUUCUCCACCAUGGAGGCCUCGCUCACCCUCAACAUCGGAACGGGCCCGUCUGAGGCAGAAAUCCACCACCAGGCCCUCCUGGAGGGGAACAUCUCCACCGAGGUGUGUCUGAGUGUGCUGGACGUCCUGUCCCUCUUCACCCAGUGUUUCAAGACUCAGCUGCUGGACGGCGACGGCCACAACCCGCUGAUGAAGAAGCUGUUCGACGUCUACCUCGCCUUCUUCAGAGUGGGCCAAUCAGAGGCCGCCAUCAGACACGUGUUCGCGGCGCUCCGGGCUUUCAUCAACAAGUUCCCGGCGGUGCUGUUCAAAGGCCGCGUGACGCUGUGCGAGGCGCUGUGCUGCGAGGUGCUGAAGUGCUGCGUGUCCAAGCUGGGCUCGCUGCGGGCCGAGGCCUCGGCGCUGCUCUACCUGCUCAUGAGGAACAACUACGAGUACACCAAGAGGAAGACCUUCCUGCGCACGCACCUGCAGAUCAUCAUCGCCGUCAGCCAGCUGAUCUCCGACGUGGCGCUCACCGGCAGCUCGCGCUUCCAGGAGUCGCUCUCCAUCAUCAACAACUUCGCCAACAGCGACAAGGUCAUGAAGUCCACAGCCUUCCCCUCGGAGGUCAAAGGUCUCACCAAGCGCAUCCGCACGGUGCUGAUGGCCACGGCGCAGAUGCGCGAGCACGAGAAGGACCCGGAGAUGCUGCUGGACCUGCAGUACAGCCUGGCGCGCUCCUACGCCAGCACGCCCGAGCUGCGGCGCACCUGGCUGGACAGCAUGGCCCGGGCACACCUGAAGAACGGCGACCUGUCCGAGGCCGCCAUGUGCUACGUUCACGUCGCUGCGCUGGUUGCUGAAUACCUGCACAGGAAAAAGCUGUUUCCCAGCGGCCUCGCUGCCUUCAAGAGGAUCACGUUCAACAUUGACGAGGAGGCGGCCAUGAAGGAGGACACGGGCAUGCAGGACGUGUACUACACCGAGGAAGUGCUGGUGGAGCACCUGGAGGUGUGCGUGGAGGCGCUGUGGAAGGCCGAGCGCUACGAGCUCAUCACGCACGUCGCCAAGCUGGUCAUCCCCGUGUACGAGAAGCGCCACGAGUACGAGAAACUGAGCCGGCUGUACGACACCCUGCACCGAGCCUACAACAAGAUCAUGGAGGUGAUCCAGUCGGGCCGCAGGAUGCUGGGGACCUACUUCAGAGUGGCUUUUUACGGACAGGGCUUCUUCGAGGAGGAGGAUGGGAAGGAGUACAUCUACAAGGAGCCCAAACUCACCGGCCUGUCGGAGAUCUCCCAGCGCCUGCUGACGCUCUACGGCGAGAAGUUUGGACCCGAGAACGUCAAAAUAAUCCAGGACUCCAACAAGGUCAACCCCAAAGACCUGGACGCCAAGUUGGCCUACGUCCAGGUGACGUUCGUCAAGCCGUACUUCGAGGAGAAGGAGGCGCCGGAGAAGAAGACCGACUUCGAGAAGUGCCACAACAUCGGCCGCUUCGUGUUCGAGACGCCGUACACGCUGUCGGGGAAGAAGCACGGCGGCGUGGAGGAGCAGUGCAAGAGGAGGACCGUCCUCAUAACCGCCAACACCUUCCCCUACGUGAAGAAGCGGGUGGAGGUGGUGGCGGAGAAGCAGGUGGAGCUGAAGCCGGUGGACGUGGCCAUCGACGAGAUGCGGGCGCGCACGGCCGAGCUGGCCAAGCUGUGCUCCAGCCAGGAGGUGGACAUGAUCCAGCUGCAGCUCAAGCUGCAGGGCUGCGUCUCCGUGCAGGUGAACGCAGGCCCCAUGGCGUACGCCAGAGCCUUCCUGGAUGACAGCAAGUCCAGCCAGUCCGGCAGCAAGAAGAUGAAAGAGCUGAAGGAUGUCUUCAGGCACUUCGUGGAGGCCUGCAGCGUGGCCCUGGACAUCAACGAGCGGCUGAUCAAGGAGGACCAGCUGGAGUACCACGAGGGCCUGAAGGCCAACUUCAAGGAGAUGGUGAAGGAGCUGUCGGAGAUCAUCCACGAGCAGCUCUGAGGAUCAGCAGGUAACGUGACGAUUCUGCACCGACCGCUGAAAAACCGUCUUCCUGAGGUUAGAAAUGGAUGCAGGCGUUGUUUAGGGCGAACCCGCCGACAUUCCCGUCGCCUCUCUCAGGUUCCAGCACGCACGUUCGGUGUUUACUUGAGCGGCCCGUUCACGGAGCGGCCCUGCAGUUUGAAGAGGUUUGUGAUAAGCGGGGCCGAUGACGCGUUCCACAACAACAACCUCACCCGCCGUGAGGCGUCGGCGUGAAAUUGGCCUCCGAUACGAUCUCCGAGACUCUCGCGCGCGGACUUCUGAGCGCAGACCUCCACUCGCUCGCCGCUCGGUCCAGACCAGAUCCUUUUAAGGCUGCAGAAUGCUUCGGCUCCUGUAAACGCCGGCCGGGUUAUUUACUCCGACUGCGAGGAGAAGGAAACUCUGCUGAAUCACGUCUGUCCUGGAGCCUCGUUUCUCAAAGCCCUGAUGACUCCGCGCUGCACUUUAAUCACAUUACGUUCGCUCCGCUCAGAUCGUCCACGGCAGGGUCAUUAAUUCUGAAACGACUGGAGCGUUUCUCCGAUGUGGAAAAAUAACAAAAUGCACAAACAUUCUCAUCAAUGUAAGGCCGCAAUACGGUUAGAUCAAGUCGUUUUUAGGAUAAAUUGGUGAAUAAAUGCAUGUUUAAGAUUUUAAAUUUUAAAGUAAAUGUGAAAACGAGCAAUAACAUUGAAAAAGUUGGAAAUAAAAGUGAAGAACUUGAGUUUUUUGACAAUUGAUGGAUAAAAUACAUUUUAAAAUGAAAUACAAUUUUAUUCACUGUUGAAUUUUUGAUAUUAAUGAAGAAAUUCUUUGACAAAACAGAAAAAAUUUGGAAAAUAAAAAUGAAAUUUCUGAAAACAAUUGACGUCUUAUUUAUAAUAAAGUAAAAAUGCUAAAAAAAAAAAACUUGUCAUAUAAAUUUAGUCUUUUCAGAAUUGAUGUUUAAGAAUCAAGGUUGGAUUAAAAGACGAGGAUGAAGUAGAAAUAUUCAAAGAAGAAUAGAAUAAAAUUUGACGACGGUUUAGUUGAUAUUUUUGACAGAAGAAUGAAGAAUAUUUUUAGAAUAAACAGAAAUGUUUAAGAAAAAGUAAAAUUAUGGGAAAAACCUUCAGUGUUUUGGAUAAAUAAAACAUUUUAGACACUAUAAUAUUAAUUUUGAAGAGUAAAUAUCAACGUUGUUGGGAAUAAAGUGGAAUAUACUGACAAUGAGAGGUUUUUUUUUUUUUUUUACAAGGUAAAAUUAAACUUUCAAGAGUAAAAUUGUGAAUCAAGUGGAAAUUUUGACAGAAACUGAAAACAACACCAAAUGUUUAAAGCAAAGUUAAACUCAUCAGGAGUGAAAAUUAAUGACUUUUUUCUGGAAUUAAGAAGAAAAACAAUUUGAAGAGUAAAAUGUAAAGGUUGCAUCGACAGAGGUUAAAGGUCAGACUCCAGGUUGGAGCAGGGUCUGUGGCCUCUAAGCGACGGGAUGGUGUUUUCUGGGGCUGCACCGUCGGUUCUCACAGCCGUCAAACAGCUUGAGAAACCAAAAAGAAAACCACAAAAAUGUGAUUUCACAACCUGUGUCUUGCUGCGGCGAGCGGCGAUGACUUCCUGGAUCUGCGUCUUCACGGUUUCUUCUUCUUCUUCUUCUCCCCUCCGGCUGCAGAUCUACCCGGAGGACCUGAUGCGCUCGCUGCUGCAGAACUCGCUGCACGUGUUCCGCGCCAUCAGCGGGACGUCCACCGAGCUGGGCUGACCUUUCACCUUUGGCCGGUGAAGCGGGACGCCGCCGCCCCGCCGAGUCACGCUCGGCUGCACCGCACUUUCCCUCCGCCGCGCCUCUGACCGCCUGCGAACCUUUGAGCAGUGUUUCCUUCCUCUUUCUGCGCCGCGGCCUCGGAGAUCUAUGCACCGUCCUGCUCGUCUGACCCCUCCUGACCCCUCCUGACCCCUCCUGACCCCUCCUGACCCCUCCUGACCUCCUCACCUCCUCCUGCCUGCUUAAAUUGUCAAGAUGUCAAUCUUUGCGUCGGCUUUUAUUGUCUCGCCGCGGCGUUCCAGAUAGCGGCGACAACAAAGUGUCGGGAUGGCUGCGGAGGUCAAAGUGCAAUCUGGAACAGGUAGAGGUCACACGACGGCGGAGAAUUCAGAGCUGCGAUCUGCGGGCUCCAUCGCCGCCGGAGUGGGAGAGGAAAGACAUGAGUCGGAUAGACAGGUGUCUGGAUGUCGUGUUUCCUGAAACAAAGAAACGAGAACCUUUAGUUGAUGCCGAUCUACAUUUCCAGGUUGUAGAACAUUUGAAACUUUAUCUUUUAUUUAAAUUUUAAAGCUACUGAGUUUCACUUCAUUGGUUUUUAUGGGUUUUUUUUUUUUUUUUUUUUUUUUUUUUUUUAAUACAACGAAUUUUCUCACUUUUCUUAAAUUAUUUGCAAGAUUGAAAUCAGGGCUUUUGUUUUGGAACGUGCAGCGGAUACAGGAAGUGGUGGAACCUGGACAAAUAGUGUGAUCUUUUUUAUUUCUCAAAGAAGUUUUAUUGAAUCAGUAUUUUUGAAAAGUCAGAGAAGUGACGUAGAUCUUUAGGAAGCAUCUCCCUCCUGAUUUUAGUGAACUUUAAAACGGCGACGGCUCCGUUCACACGAGGACGUUUUCAAGUGAAAACACCAAAUAAACAACUCGGACUCUCCGGUGAAGUGAGGACUGAGGUGGAAUAAGGUUGUUCUUUUUUCGUCCUUCUUGUGGAUCCUGGUGCUGAGAACCUCUCGGAUCGAUUUUUUUUUUUUUCAUCGUCAUUCGACUCGCGCUACCAGAAAAUCCUGUUUUCGUUGUCGUUGUCACCCCGGAUCGUUGGACUGGCGGCCGAUCGGGAGCGUCAGACUCGUGUCAGUCAGGGGAAAGUGUUUCGGCUGUGCACGUAUUCUCCGCGGUUGUGUUGCUGUGAUGUUAAAGCUGCUUUGGCUGGCAGGAAGCGAGCUUCCAAAACAAUCAGCAGAACCUUUCCUUCAGUCUGUGUGCCGUUUGAAAGAGAGACAAACUGCUUGCGGACAAACUUGUGACCUCAGUGCAACGACGGCGUGAACCCGGCGGAGGAGGAUGGAGGCCUCCUCUCAUCCAGUGCCUUCUGUGCUCCACUCCACUUUUUGUUCCCCCCUCCUGACAGGAAGUCUCCUCACAGUAUUUCACAAGUGCUACACUGAACCCAGCAGCGGAGGAAGAAUAUUUAAGCUGAUGUAAAUAGAUCCGUGCUGUAAAUGAAAGUCUGUAUUAUACGUAUUUCCUCCUUUCAGGGUCUGUCCUGGCAAAGAGUCAGUUUUUUUUUUUUAUUAUUAUUUUUAAUUUUACUGCACUGUAUACUGAGGUGCAGCUGCUUGUCAA